GAUUAAAUAUUAACAUGCAGCAGCUCUGAUUCUCUCACACACACAGGAACACACAGGUACACACACACACUCCCUCACGUAGGCUGGUUUGUACCAAAACACACAGGCAAGCAGAAUCAUGCCGCAGACACAGCUGGUGUGUGACAGCGCAGGAUAUUCACAGUAAUUUAUCUGAAGAAGAAGGGAUUUAUUUAACCGAUGGACGGAGAGGCCGAGGACACUUUUUCUCCGGUCACCAUGGAGGUUUGGAGCUCCUCUGCAUCCGAGGUGGAGGAAGAAGACAAGAGCAUUUCUAGUCUUGUGAAUGAAGUAGUGGACAUGGACAAGACAUGUCUUAACAGCAAUAACAAUAAUAAUAACAACAAGGACAUCCUUUGCCGGGAGGUGACACAAGUGCUGUGCUCGGACAGAGUGGGCCAGGUCACCAAGACAUAUCAUGACAUCAAGGCGGUCACUCACCUGCUGGAGGAGAAAGAGCGGGAUCUCGAGCUAGCGGCGCGGAUCGGUCAAUCCCUGCUGAAACAGAACCAAGAAAUAACCGCACGCAAUGAAAUGCUGGACGAGCAGCUGGAAAUAGCAAAGGAAGAGAUUGCUCAACUUCGCCAUGAGCUGACAAUGAGAGACGACCUCCUUCAGUUCUAUGCGAGCACCGAGGAGAUCGAGAACGCUGAAUCACGUUCCCCGAUAAAAAGAAACGAGUCAUGCACUUCUCUCACCAGCUUGGUCCACUACGACUUCCUGCAUCAGAAACUGAAGGGUCUGGAGGACGAGAACCGCAUGCUGCGAACAGAGGCCAGUGAUCUCACAACAGAGACGACCAACUACGAGGAGCAAGAGCAGGAGCUGAUGAUGGUGUGUGUGGAAGAACUCUCAUCCGUCAAUAAGCAGGUGGUGGACCUGUCAGAGGAGCUGGCGCGGAAAGUGGAGGACUUCUUCCGGCAGCAGGAGGAGAUCAGCUCGCUGCUCGCUCAGGCCGUGGACCUGCAGGCUCGCUGCAAAGGGAUCACACAUGAAAAUGAGGAGCUGAACCAACAACUGAGUGCCUCCCGUGAGAGCCAGCUAAAUCUUCAAUCAGAGCUCAAGGACCUGCGGGACAAGUACUCUCAGUGUGAGGACAUGCUCUGCGAGGCCCGAGAGGACAUCAAGAACCUGCGGAAUAAGAGCCUCCCCAACAGCACAGUGCAGCGCUACACCGCGCUGGCCUCCGUCCUCCCCAUGGACUCUCUGGCAGCCGAGAUUGAGGGCACCUUCCGCAAAGGCCUGGACACCCCCGCACCCUCAGAGUACAGGACCCACCCGUGGCGUGUGUUUGAAACAGUGAAGGUGGUGAACAAGGUGGUGAACAAGGUUGCGAUGAGGCUGCGGUCUCGCUGCCCCUCCCCCGGGCUGCCCGGCUCCAGCCCGCUGUCGGCUCACGCCAGCUGCACCAGCACCCCCAGGACCAGCUACUACGGCUCCGACAACGCCAGCCUCACUCUGGAGGACAAGCCAAACUGCAACAAUGCUCAGAAAGAAGACAACAGUGGGAGUGGGCCGAAGCGCCUGGGCCAGCCGGGCACCCCCGGGGGUCAGGACCUGGAGGCCGCCCUGCGCAGCCUGUCGGCCCGCCAGCAGAGCCACUCCUCUGAGCGGCCGUUCUUCGACGUGGAGCGCGAGCGGAAACUCCAUGCCCUGGCAGCGGACUGCGAGGAGGCCGAGGGCUCCAGCGGCUUCCUUACGCCCAACGACAGCCUGGUCUCCAGCCCGGCCACCUCCACCGGCACCAACUACUCCAACGGCAGCUCCCGGCACUCGUGUGGCUCCUCAGGAGGAUCCAGGUCCUACCUGCCCGACCGCCUGCAGAUUGUCAAACCACUGGAAGGCUCGGUGACUCUGCACCAGUGGCAGCAGUUGGCCAAACCCAACCUGGGGGGCAUCCUGCACCCCCGCCCCGGCGUCCUGACGAAGGACUUCAGGGAGCUGGAGGUGGACAUACAGCACGUCUACAGUCUGAACGACCUGGAGGAGGACGAGCCUGACCUGUCGCAGCUCUCCGGAGCACAUGGCAUGGCCUCUCCAUCCAAACUCCCUCAGACCCCCCCCUCACAUCUAACAACCACCUGCCAAGUCCUCCAACCCUCCCUCCUCAUGUCCUCCUUCUCCACUAGCGGCAGAAAGCGCCUGUCGAGGCUCUUCCUCCAACUCUAAAAGGCGCCUUCGAGGCAAACCUUCGCUCUUUCGGCCUGCCAUCUUGUAGGAACUGUGAGCUUGUGAACACCUCAAAUGUAACCACUUCAUCGCUGGGACUCCUGCAGCUUUUGCAAGAGCGUGGCAUCUCAUCUUCUCCUCAUCCUCACCACUGCCUGCACUACAGCCACAGUUCAGAACCUUCACCAUUCACAGAGAGGGACAACAGUGGAGGAUUACAAUCUGACAAAGAGGGGAGAAGGAACGCUUUCAGUUUGAACUUGGUGGAGAAACUUCAAGGUCUGGGGUUGCACAGAGUGGCAGCUUUGGGGAUGACGGGUCACAGUGGGAGAGAGAAGCAGUCAAACCUCCUCUGAAGAGUUUAAACCGGACUGCUUCUUAGUUCAUUAACUUUAAAACCAGCCAUGUGUUCCCCGCUGUGUGCCGUUCAGAACCCACAGCUCUGACAAACGCCACAGAAUGUGCUAGAGCCAUAUUUAAAGUUGUUGGUAGUGUACAGUUAUAUUAUUUUGUAUGAAUGUGUGUACAGUAGCUGUGUGUGUGUGACAUUCAUCUCAGGAACAUCACCUGAUCACCAGUCUGUUUGACUGCAACCUGCAGAAACAGCUUAUUUUUUCACAAAAAAAUCAUGAGGAAAAAACCUUUUAUACUGUGUUUUGUGAUUUUUAUUAUACAUAUUUUGCCUGCCGCUGGUUUUAAAGGGGACAUAUCAUGUAAAAACACACUUAUAAUGUACUUGUCUGGAGUGAAUCUGGAGUGAGUAACAACCGAAAACUGUAAAAUAAAACUCUUUGGGCUGCCAUGGUCAGAAACAUGAGAUUCAAAAAGCCAUGCUCCCCUUACCUUCACCAAGUUGCACCAUAUUAUUCCCUUAAGACAAUCAGAGUAGACUGUACUUUUUUUAAGAGGUGUCCUUAAAGAGACAGGUGCUAAAACGUUUCAGACAUAUCAAAGCAUAUCCAGUAGAAACCCAAUAACAAGUAUGAACAUGAAAAUUAACAUGAUAUGUCUCUUUUAAAAGGUCAUUUUUCCAAACUGGAACAUCCCUUGUAUAUACUGUAACACAAUUGUCUUUUGGGAAGUUAUGAAAAAACUAUAUGCAGUAAAUUAUUGUUAGUUUGAACAUCAAACCAAACCAAACCAUUGCUUUCACACUGAAGUACUUUAAAAAAAUAACCACUGAAAAACACUCUGGUCUUCUUGCUUAUUAGCUGCUACACUGAGCAGAGCAUGUUGUAUUGAUAAGAGUUUAAGAGGCAUUGUGAUUAUGCACUGACUGAAAUAUACAAUGUUAAUGAUUUUGACAUCCAGCCGUCUGCUCUGAAGUUUAUUUGUUCUGGCUGCACAGAGAAUUGACUUUUUUAACUUGAUCGUGAGCAAAACUCACCAAAAAUAAAUCAGGUUGCCUCACUGUAUUAAAGACAGUGAAAAGGAUUUUUAAAUGCAAUAUAUAUUUACUGCACUGCGUUGACUGAGAAUCUUGCUUGUACAAAUCUGCUGCAUUUCACAUCAGGACAUUUGAAAUUGCUUGGAUAUAAUGAAAAAGAAAGGGCAUUCAAAGUGAAUUCCCUGUGUUUUAAGGGGAAUCCUUAUUUAAAGACGAGUAGAGUGAUUUAAAACGGCAUGUUUCUUUGAAAUCUGUCCGAACAAUCAACUGUAGCAAAAAGGCAUGGGAUACUGUGGAUUUGAAAGGGAAGAAAUCAUAAACACAUCUUAUCCCUUAAUGUGUGUUAUGACGUAAAUCAACCAAACUGCACUAGUGUUUGCUCUGUUCUAUGUUAGCAUCACAGCUGUUAAUGUCAGUGUGUGUAUACCACCUGUGAAUAAAAACGUUGCAUUUCCA